AUUGACAAACGUCAAAACUGUUUCACUACGGAAGCAAAGAGUGGACAUUUUCUGUAACAGUUUGUGGAUAAUUAAAGGAAUCAUUUCAAACCACCGAAGCUUAAACUAGUACUGUGUAUGGUCCUGCUAACACUGACAAACUAGAUUAAUUGAUGAUGUAGAUGAGGACUUCACCCAAUCUGCUGUCAAGUCUGUUUAAAGUGGUUCCAUGUGUUUAAUUGGGACCCAUCUGUUAGGGUCCCUCCACUUUGGAAAGUUUAACCCAAAUGUGUUUUUUCCUGUCAUUGUUUUUGUAACAGCCAGUUCUGCAACAACAACAAAAAAUGAUGUCGGGUGAUGCAUAUUGUAAUUUAAAGAGUAAUGGGGAAUUUAUUAGAAGCCAGAUUGUGUUUAUUUUUAUUACCUGCACAGUUGUCUCUUGAUAAGAGAAUGAGUAGGACUUGGGGGGGCAAAGUGAUUCAGCAGACUGAAAGGCUCCAAGUGAAUGUGUGUUCUCCCGAAAAAACACAUUUUCUUUCACAAGGCUUAAAUGUAUCAACACAAAAAUAAUGUUAAUGCAAUAAUUAGUUCUUACGUUAAAUAGUUCAUGUUUUUCCUUUAAGUUAAAAAAAAGAUGAAAUAAUCCAGUCCCAGUUUUAUCAGUCGCCAGUUCAAUCCAGUAAUUUGCCACAAACAACAACAAAAAAAGAGAAAGCGAAUCAAAGAUUAUUGAAUAUGGAAAUAGGUUUUAAUAGGGAAUUGAAAUUUGAGAUUGUAGUUGCUCGGUUAAAUAAUAAUGAAGGAAAAUGGAAGGCAUUUCGGGGUUUUUAAAUACCGGACUCAUUGGGAGAAUUUGAGGAAUAAGUAUUAGGAUCCAAGAGAUGGCAGUAGUGCAACAAUAAUGAAUGCAAGCUCCCGUUAAAAUCCAAAGACGAGGAAGAAAAACUCCACUCCGGGUUUUCCAACCAAUCCACAAAGAGAAGCCCAAACAACCAAGUACACCUCGGAUCGUAAACUUCAACUCCAACCUGCGGCAGAAAACACUCAGAGAAAAAUCAUGUGAUUGGACUCACGGAACAGGUGCUGGCGAUAUAUUUGUAGGUGUAUGGAAUGUGUUUGGCGCCAAGAAGAAUGUAUUCUUAUACCAGACUGAAACUCUUUCCCAUUGACAAGAAUCCCACUGCCAGAUGGAGUUUUCAUUUAAAGCUGUUGACGUUCCUGCUCUUUGUGACUGUCAUCGGGGUGUUUUUAAAGUCUGGUAACAUCGAAUGGCUCUGGUUUCAAGAUCAAAGUCAGCCUGAUGGUCAACAUGAUGGCCAGCAUUAUUUCCAGCAUGAUGGUCAGGAUGAUCAUGCUGAUAAAAGUCAGCGAGAUCUGGAUUAUUCUGAGGAUACUGCGUGGUGUCGUCAUCCUCAGAAAGGUUCUGUCACGCCAUUUUUGUCUGCCAAGACCAAACUGUCAGAGGACGCUUUCAAAUGGUGGAAGCAUGUACAGAAGGAACAAGGCAACCUCAGUUAUUUUGAAGAAACGGUGAAUAAGCUUUUUGAGAUAUUCCCACCCAUUCCCGAUCUUGGAAAGCCGAAGUUUAACUUGUGCUCGACUUGUGCAGUGGUGGGGAAUUCUCUUAAUCUGAAAGGUUCAAAUUACGGACCUCUUAUAGAUUCCAAAGACAUAAUUAUGAGAAUGAACUUUGCCCCAACCAAAGGCUAUGAAGAAGAUGUGGGCACCAAGACAACGCAUCAUGUCAUGUAUCCGGAGAGUGCAGUUGACUUGGACAACAGUACUCAUCUUGUACUGCUUCCAUUUAAGAUACUGGAUCUAGAGUGGCUCAUCAGGGCCUUUACAACAGGAUUUCAUGGACGAUCCUAUGCACCAAUAAAAUCCAGAAUUCAGGCCAACAAAAAUUUGGUGAUUGUGAUCAGUCCAGCUUUUAUGAAGGACGUCCAUCAAAUUUUGCUAAAAGAGAAGGGAAGUUAUCCUUCCACUGGUUUUCUGACUGUGGUUCUUGCACUUCACAUUUGUGAUGAGAUUAGUGUUUUUGGAUAUGGGGCAGACCGCAACGGACAAUGGAGCCAUUACUUUGAAACACUGAAAGACAAAAGCUUCAAAACAGGAAAACAUCCUGGACAACAGGAGUAUAAAAUACUACAAAAGCUGAAUUUUGAAGAACUGGUGAAACUUUACCCUGGGGCGUGAAUUCUUCUCCUGAAACAGACCUGAUGUAAGGGAGUUGUAGAAAGAAAGGCUGAGUGAAUCAGUGUUACUGUGUCCAUUAAACCUCAAACGUAAGUUAAGAAAUGUGACGGCUUAGAAGAAAGAGUCACAAAAUGAUCACCAGAUACCAGUGUUUUAAAAAAAGAAGCCUUUAGCCUGUCACUCCGUUAUCCAUGUCCAGAUACGUUUCUUUAAAUUUCUGAUGACAUUAGUGCCACCUGCAGGCUUUGGUUAGUUAGUCCCAGAGACGAUGUAAAAGCAGAUCUUUCAAAACAGAAGAAAAAAGGGGGGAGGGGGUGAAAAUAUUGAGUGGUGGAGCUCGUGUUUGAAACUAAAGGUGCUCCUACAUUGUUUCUUAUAUUCACACUUAUGUUGAUGUACAUACGUACAUCCCUCCUACUUCUGGCUCAGUAUUCUCACAUUUAUCUAUUUGCAAAUUUGUCUGUGGGACGUGACUGCACUAUUCACUUAGCACAGGUGCACCUGUGGGCCAUGUGCUUAGCCCCCUCUUCUACUUGCGCUACACCUACUAUUUAGUCCAUCAAACUGUGAUCAAGUUCACAGGUGACACCACUGUGAUCAGAGGAGACAUUGAGUCUGCAUAUCAGCAGGAUGUUUAUAUAAUAAUGCUUGGUUCAUUUUGGCUGCAUAUUCCCACAGUAAAUCUGUUUAUUUGGAUGGCUUGUAUUUUUUUGUUUGAAAAUGCGUCUGCACACAGUAGUGGCUUCAGGAAAUUCAAAAUCUCAGAUUAUCAGAUGCAUGUGACUAAUGCCAGUCUGGGCAGGAGGUGGCAGUAGCAAUCUGCAGUAGAGCUGUAUUAUAAAGCAUAAAGUCAGCGUCGGUGUCCAGCGUCGGUGUCAGGCAUUGAUACAUUUUUCAGUUUCUUCAGAUAAUUUUAAAUAUUCAACCAUAUACCCAGAGCCAUCUCUAGCCAUUUUGCUGGGCAGGGACAGACUUAUUACUAGGUAAAGCAACAAAAUAAUAAACAAAUCACACACACAUAAGUUCAGAGGAAUUAAAAUAAUAUAGUUUUUCGAGUUUGUGGCAACAUCCACCCAUCUAGAAACUCCUUAUCAAAGCCUAUUUUCAUGUCUACCAGCAGGCAUUGUGUUGCUUUCUGUGCUGCCCCUGUAGUUGUCCAAAUUAAUAGUGCUCUUAUUCUGUUGGGGGUUUAAAAAUACCAUUACAUUUUGAAACUCAACCAGGAUAAAGCAGUCAUUGUCAUCUUUCCCAAGCUCUACAGACAAAAGUAGAAAAUGCAAAAGAUUUCCCCAUCGUACAUCCAACUCAGAAUUUUAUCCUCAGACAAUUAAAAUACAUCUGCACAUCUGCAUUACCUUUGUUUCUACAUUCACAUCAAGAAAAUCUUAAGUCAGCAUACAGGGGAUGGUAAAUGACAAAACAAUAUUCAUCUUCCACCGCAUUGCUACUUUUGUCAGUAUUUUUGCCUUUACUGUGGAUCCCUCAUUGGGAAACACACAAACCAGUUUAUUGUGGCUCCGAAACGUUUGCUGGGUUUUACUUCAUGAUAAUGUUGGGAACUCUUUGUUUGCUUUUUCCACUUAAAAGUCCCAAUUGUUGAAAAACAUGAUCUCAUUCAGCAGAUCUGCGACUAAUAUUUUCCUCCAAUACAAAGACGUAUUCACUGUUUCAACUCUGACAGUAAUCCUAUGAGAAUUCAAGGUCGAUACCCAUUCCUUGUGCAUCGACCUUGUAGAACAGAAGUUCAGAGGAAUCAACGAUUAAAAUAAUAUAGCCAUUAAUUCCUCACUAUCAACUCUGAUAGAGAAGCUAUCAGAGUUGAAACAUUUGCUUGUGUGAGUGUGGGAUGUUGUGUUGAUUUGGUCAACAAGUCAGCAGGACUGAGCAACAUCCUUGUUUGCUUUUUCUGUAGACUCCGAUCCUCUGACGCCUCAGUGUCACCUUGUGAACUGUGACUUGUUACAUUUUGUUACAUCAGCAGAACUUUAGAUCAUGCAUCAUGACGGCCACCUAACUGUUACACACACUUGAGUUACACAUAAAUUUCUACAUUUGAUCUCAGAACUAUGCAGAAUUAUUAUUUUUUUCGUUCUGCUUUUGUGACUGUACCAAAGAAUAAUCAUGGAAAGAUCAGAAUGGAAAUAGCAAAUCACAAGGUGAUCAGUGUAAAGCCGAAAUGUUGAAGAGCAAAGUUAAAUAAAAAUAAUGUUUAAGAAUAA